AUGACGGCCAGCACGGAGGCCACCAUGAAACUAUCAACUGCCACUAUUGGAAAGAAGAAUCUAAGAAAGACUUCCCCCUCCCGCCCUUGCAAAAGAAUGAAUCAAGACAAGAAGUUGGACAAGAGCAGUGUUCAAGCAAGAACCCCUGGAGGGUCAUCCGUGAAAUUAGGCAAUCAAGGAAGAACGGGCGAGAAUGACACCAAUGAAAAUCCAUUACAAGUUCUAUCCCAAAAUGAGGCUCUUCUGGUCCCAGGGUUCUUGGACACAGCCCGGGCCAGAGAGAAGGCCAUUGUUCCCAAGGUCAGCAACACACCCCAUGUGUUCACAGAGGAGUCUGAGAUCUCACAGCAGGUUAGUGACACCCCCAAGUUCUCAGAAAGUACCAUCCAUCCUACACGUGGAGUUAGCCCCAAGCCCUCAGCAAAAACUACCCAGAUGAAAGAGGGCAACACCUCGAAGCCCUCAGCCAAAGCUAAUAAUCCAAAACAGAAAAAUGUUUCUCAGACUUCAGGCCACUCCAUGCAGACCAAGCAGAGCAACAUGACCAAAUCCUUGGCAAAACCCACCCAGCCUAAACAGGGGACUACCCUCAAGCCUGAAGCAAGCAGCAGCCAUUACAAGGAGGCCAGCAUGCCCAAGUCAUCAGAGGACAAUAUCCAAUCCAAGGAGGGUAACAUCCCCAAGUCCUCGCAGGACACAAUCUUGUCCAAAGAUGGUAAAAUUCACAAACCCUUAAAAGACAGCAUCUCACCCAAGGAGAGAGACAUCCCCAAAUCCUCACAGGACACCAUCAUAUCCAAAGAUGGCAGACGAGACGCCCUCGGCCUGCCAAAAGCCGUGUCAGCGGCCCCACCCACUCGACUCCAACGGACCGCGGUCUCCUUCCCGGCUCCCGGCAGCCCCCGCGGAGGCCCCGCCCGCUCGGAGCAUGCUGGGAGUCAAGGUACCCGGCACUUCUUGACCCGCUUCCGUUCGGAAUUCCACUUGGAACGCCGCUCGCUCCUGAGCGCUAGACAGAGGCGCGGCGCCGGGAGCCGCAGCCCGGCCGGUGGUGCGCGCAGGCGCAGAAGCUCAGCGUUUUUAGCCCGGUUAGGCCCGGAGGGCGGGGCCGGCGCGAGGGCUCCGGGCCGCGGAGGCGCGCACGUCGGCACGUCGGGCCGGUCACGUGGGGAGCGGAGGAUCGCAGUGCGCGUGGCCGCGGCGGCUGGUGUGGGGUUGAGUCAGUUGUGA